AUGGGGCUUCCUCUGUUUGCAAUCAUUCAAAGAACAGUAGGAGUUGCAGUUACAUUAACACUUCUUCUAUUUAUCCUAACUAUAGUCCCUGCUUUAUAUUCUCUCCUUGCCUAUCCAAUCUUACCUAUAUCAGUCUCAUCCUCCGAGAUUGAUCUUCCCUCUCCACCAGAUCAUACGCAUCUCGGUCUGAAUUCUACAUCAAAUCAGAUUCCUUCACCUGUGAAUGGUCUCAUUACCGCUCCACCCGAUCAUACGCCUUCAGGACAUCGGAAGUCUUCAUCCGAUCGGAUUACUUCACCCAAAAAUAGUCCUGUUCCAGCUCAACCUGAUCAUACGCGUUUAAGAUAUCGAAAGUCUUCAUCCGAUCGGAUCUCUUCACCCGAGAAUAGUCUCGUUCCCGCUCCACCAGAUCAUAUGCCUUUAAGACAUCAGAAUUCUUCAUACCAUCAGAGUCCUUCACUCAAGAAUGGUCCCAUUCCCAGUCCACUCAAUCAUACGUCCUUAAGACAUUGGAGUUCUUCGUCCGAUCAGAUUUCAUCAUCUGAUGAUCAUUCACCCCCAGUCACCACAUCAACAUCAAGGACCCGGAUUGGAGAUGAAGAGCAAAGGUGUGAUCUUUUUACUGGAGAAUGGGUACCGAACGAAGAAGCUCCAUAUUACACCAACACGACAUGCUGGGCGAUACAUGAGCACCAGAACUGUAUGAAGUACGGAAGACCAGACACCGGGUUCAUGAGAUGGAGGUGGAAGCCAGAUGGCUGCGACCUCCCCAUCUUUGAUCCACAAGAGUUCUUGGAAAUUGUUAGAGGGAAAGCCAUGGGAUUUGUUGGUGAUUCCAUUAGCAGAAACCAAGUGCAAUCCCUCUUGUGCCUUCUCUCUAGGGUGGAAUAUCCUGAAGACAUUUCUCCUUCACCAGAUGCAGAUUACAAAGUAUGGAAUUACACAUCCUAUAACUUCACUCUUCAUGCCAUGUGGUCACCAUUUCUAGUGAAGUCUACUAAACCUGACCCUACAAAUCCAAAGUCCUACCUCUUCAGCUUAUACCUCGAUGAGUAUGACACCGAGUGGACCAGUCAGAUUGAUCAGCUCGAUUACUUGGUUAUAUCAUCUGGCCACUGGUUUUACCGGCCAGUUCUUUUCUAUGAAAACCAACAAAUAUCUGGGUGCCAAUACUGUGGGUUACCAAACACAACUGAGUUGCCUUUGUACUAUGGAUACAGGAAGGCUUUAAGAAUAUCUAUAAAAGCUUUACUCGAAAGUUUCAAGGGUCUGGCAAUUUUGAGGACUUUUUCUCCUCAACAUUUUGAAGGUGGGGCCUGGAAUGAAGGAGGGGACUGUGUAAGGACAAGACCUUACAGAAGAAACGAGACUAUAUCCGAAGGUCCAGAUCUCAAGCUUCACGACAUUCAACUGGAGGAAUUUAGAGCUGCAGAAGAAGAAGGCAGGAAGAAGGGUUUGAUACUGAGGGUUAUGGACACGACCCAGGCAAUGCUACUGCGACCAGAUGGGCAUCCUGGGAGAUACGGCCAUCUACAGAAUCCAGAGGUGACUUUGAGAAAUGACUGUAUCCAUUGGUGCCUGCCUGGACCUGUCGAUACUUGGAAUGAUAUUUUGCUACAAAUGAUGAAGACAGAGAAGUAG